CCCUGCGGCCACACCAUGAGCAGCUGUCCUCCGUCAGACCCUGCCACCGUGACUUCCCACCUUGGAGCCGGCCGGGGAUGGAUCAAGAACCUGGCCUGCUGCUGCGGGACGGCGGGCUGCUCCCUGUGCUGCGGCUGCUGCCCCAAGAUCCGACAGUCACGCACCACCCGCUUCAUGUACGCGUUCUACUUCAUCCUGGUCGUCGUGCUGUGCUGCUUCAUGAUGUCGCCAACGGUGGCCAAGACCAUGCGGGAGCACAUUCCGUUUUUCGAAGACAUCUGCAAAGGCAUCAAGGCGGGCGACACGUGCGAGAAGCUGGUGGGCUACUCCGCGGUGUACCGCGUCUGCUUUGGCAUGGCCUGCUUCUUCUUCGUCUUCUGCCUGCUCACCCUGGGGAUCAACACGAGCAAAGGCUGUCGCGCCCACAUCCACAACGGCUUCUGGCUCUUCAAGCUGCUGCUGCUGGGGGCCAUGUGUUCCGGAGCCUUCUUCAUUCCGGACCAGGACACCUUUCUCAAAGUCUGGCGCUACGUGGGGGCCGUCGGAGGCUUCUUCUUCAUCGUCAUCCAGCUGCUGCUUAUGGUGGAGUUCGCACACAAGUGGAACAAGAACUGGACGGCUGGCACGGCCAGCAACAAGCUGUGGUACGCGGCCCUGUCCCUGGUCACCCUCAUCAUGUACUCCAUCGCCACUGGAGGCCUGGUGCUGAUGGCCGUGUUCUACACCCAGCUCGAGGGCUGCACACAGAACAAGAUCUUCCUGGGCGUGAACGGAGGCCUGUGCCUGCUGAUCUCUGUGGCCGCCAUCUCUCCCUGCGUCCAGAACCGACAGCCGCACUCAGGGCUGCUGCAGUCGGGCCUCAUCAGCUGCUACGUGGCCUACCUGACCCUCUCGGCGCUGUCCAGCAAGCCCCCGGAUGUGGUCCUGGACGAGCAUGGGAAGAACGUGACAAUCUGCGUGCCCAGCUUCGGCCAGGACCUGUACCGAGACGAGAACCUGGUGACCUGGCUGGGCACCGCGCUGCUCAUCGCCUGCAUCCUGUACUCCUGCUUGACGUCAACCACGAGAGCCAGUUCCGAUGCCCUGAAGGGCCGAUACGCAGCUCCAGAGCUGGAGUACGAGGGUGCCAGCAUCCACACCUUCUUCCGGGAGAGCUGGUCCGUCUUCUGGGUCAAGAUGGCCUCGUGCUGGACGUGUGUGCUGCUGUACCUGUGGACGCUGGUGGCGCCGCUGUGCUGUCCGUCUCGGCAGUUCUCCGUGUGAGGUGGAGCUCGGUCCUUCUGACAAGCACGCCGAGGCUUCCAGCAGCCCCUGGGCCCCAGGAAAAGCCGGCACCUCUCACCUGUCUUAAGUGUGUCUCAAAAAGCUCUCAGGAAACAAAGUAUAUCCAAUGUGCUUUUUAAUUCACACAUUGAAAAGAAACUGCCAUUUGUCUAAAGGAAUUGAAAAGUUCGACCAAAACGAUCCUGGGAUGCAUAUAUGUGUUUUGAUGUCUUGUCCCUCAGUGCUACCAUGUCCUUGGGUGCGUUUUUACCUGACCAGAAUUUGGGGCUCACACCUUUCACAGGGAUGAGAUCACCUCAUGUGGCCUGACAUUCACAUCCUAGCUAUAAAAGAGUCCCUGACCCCCGAGACCAGCCCUGCUCCUCACUCCCCUGCCUGGAGCCCCGUCCCUGAGGCCCCGCCCCCUGCUCCCCAGUGUUUACAGGCCCAAGAGGGAGCCCCUGCCUUCAGCCCAGCCUCAGAGCUCAUCCCUUCGUGCUGCGAUGCUGGCAGUCGCAGCCCCCCUGGGUCGCCCCCUGCUCCCCGGGUCCAGCACCGGUGUCCCAAUGUGAAAAGCACACUUCACCAUGUCGCCCACAUGGUGCCGCUGUCUUGGUCCCAGCUCGCGAUGGGAAUGGCGCUUGCCUGGGGCAGUGCUCACGUGUUCCCUGUGUGUUGGCAACGAGGGCCCCGCCUCCCCUUUGUGUUUGCUGGGAUUGCAGUACCUAGGGCCCGGGUGCCCAGCAGUGCUUCUGGGCCCACGCCUGCCUCAGCCCUGCGGGGUCAGGUCGGCCCCUGGGCCUCCCCCACCUGCGGGCCUGUGAGAUCGAGAAGCAGGAGCGCUCUGGCUCCCUGGGUCUGUCCCCGGCCUGUAUGCCCAUCGUGGUUUCCUUGGAGUGACGUGCGGGCCCCAGGCUGGGCUGCAGGGGUGGCUGUGGGAGGUGCUGAGCGCAGCUGGUAGGACGGGGCGCUUGAGGGUGUUGGGCCGUCAGCAGUAUCCCCUGAAGUUCCCAGGGUCCGAGCUGUGGAGUAGUCCUCAGGACGUCAACAGCCACCUAGGGUGAGCAUGCCCAGCGUCCGCACCCUGGGCAGGGAGGAGGGUCCCACAGCCAAAAGCCUGCAGGGCCCGGGGCAGCGUGGGGACCGCCCUGGGGUCCCUUCUCAUGGGACGCAGCCCGACGUCUGCUCCGUGCCAUCUGUACCAGUUGGGUAGAACUAGGGUUCACCUGCCGUCAUGUUGGUGAUUCAUCAGGACCUUCCUUUCCCCCUCGCCUCGCCUGGGACGCCAGACGGCCCUCCCUCCAGCAGCCCUGGGAACUGAAUGGGGCCUGGGAGUGCAGGCUGUGUGGACGCCCCGGGCACGGUGACGGGGGCUUUGGGCGUGCUGAGGUUGCCUUCAGCAAACACAGGUGGCGAGCUGGGCAUGGUGGGCCGCAUCACUGUCCCCCUGCCGUGGUCCAGCAGCGGCCUUGAUUUGUCCUCCUAGCUGGGUCUCAGCACCAGGCCGAGGUCCAGGUGACAGCCACACGCUCCCGGCCCCUCCCCUGCAGAAAGCAGCUCAGGGAAACGCAGGUGACAGGGCUGCCCCAGUGGCUUCCCAUGGCCCUAGCCUGGCCUGGUCUCCAGCGGGGCAUAUCACGCCCUUCCCUGAGUUCCAGUUUCAACCAGGGUUUGCCAGGUCCCCAGGCAAGGCCAGUGCAGACCAUGGGAAGUGGGUCCACACUCGCAGGGUUAGGAAGCCCCCUCCUGGGCACUGUGUGACCUAAGAAACUGGAAAACCUGCGCCAGUCACUUGGAGCUGUGGUAGCAGAGGUGUUUAUUUAAUGGGCUCUUCUAACUAACAGUCCUUCGCUUCUGUAAGGCUCUGUAGCUGGUUUUUAAAGGGUCCUCCGUGCCGCGGGGCAGACUCCUACAGGGCGCCUCAAGUUCUCCGUGUUCUCCUCUUGGCGCCUUAGGGGCAGGGAUCCUGGCCUCUCCUUCCCCAGUGGGACCUUGGUGGAGGGGGUGUCGCUGCCCUGAGUCCACAGUCUGAGGCUGACUUCCAGCCUGACCACUGGACCGAGUGUCCUCCGGGGCUGGGCUGCAGUCCCAGCUGGCCAGUUCGGUUUCUAGUUUGCCGUUGUUGAUGGUGCUUUCUGUGCAGAGUGGACAGAGGUACGUGCUGGGCUGAGGGAGGUGGCGUGGGGACUGUGGUGCUGGCCUAAAGGAAGGCCAUCCUGCCAAGUCCCCACCCCGACACUGUCCUUCCUCUCCCCUGAGGAUGCCCUGCGUGGUGACCUCAGUGUAGCACUUGGGCGGUCCUCUCUGUUGUCACCCUCGGCCUUUCUGAGACUCUCUGCUUACUUGACUGCCGCCAGCAGUGUACCCUGUUGGUGCUUGCUAUCCCCCAGGGCACCCGAGCUGUGCCGAAGCUGCCUUGGCCUGCUGCUUCCUUGGCCGUCUCUCCAUGCAGUCUGCACCAUCUGCUGGGACGUGGAAGGGGUCGCCCCCAGCUGGGAGGGUCAGAUCCUCUGUGCAGGGCGCGGCAGUGGCCACGCGGCCUGGGCUCCCUUAAGGAGCUCUCUGAGUGCGCCUUCCCUGCAGGGCAGGCUCUGAGGGUCACCGCCCGGCAUUAUGGCCAAGACCCCUAGAAUUCUCUUCUCUUCCAAGUCGCUCUCAGAGCAGCCACGUUGAAAGGUUCAGAUACUUGCCUUUUACCAAAGAGGUGUUUCAGGUUUUUGUUUCAAAGCCCAGUUCUGUCCGGAAGAAAGUGAACCCGGGAAGGGCAGGUUGGGUGAGGAAUCUCCACAUCCUCUGCAGGAGAAAUGUAGUUAGCCUCAGUGUCGGAGAACUCUUGAAAGCCGUUCUUUGGGGUAAAGGGUCCUGGGAAAUCCUCCCGCGUAGAAAGUCUACAACAGAUGGGUAAUAUAUGUUUCGAGAGCUAUUUAUGAGAAAUUUAAGAGGAUUGGUUUUUUUUUUUUUAUUAAAGAUUUAACCUUUUUUAUUUUGCAAAGAAAAAAAAUUUUAUAGUCACAAGUUUGUUAAUUUUUAAACCUUUUUCUGAAACAAUUAGCUGUAGCCAGGUUUUGUGGUUACGUUUUAUAUUGUGGAAUUUGUAUUUUAGAAUCUGAAAAGGCAGUGUAUGUGGUAAAACUACUGUUUGGUGUUUGUAAGGGUCUCUGAUAGGUUUCCAGUUGGCUGACUUCUAAAAUUGUUAUUUUUCCCCUUGAGUCACAAAGCCAAUUAUGGAUUUGUAUUUUUUUGGACGCUAGUAUUUCUACAAAGCACCUGUGUUCAAGUCUCUUCCUGUGUAGAAACCUCAAAGCUUGUUAGCUCUGUACUUUAAUAAAAUGUAAAACUGAAAA